AAGCACAGGUGAGCAGCAAGGUGUAGGUCAGAUGUUGUCCUGCCCCCUUUUCCACACCAAACAACACCGCAUCCGAUGAAAGAUGGGGGAGAGGCUUCAAGGUCAAAAAAGUUACAUUUGCUCCUUUUUUGACUGCAAAGCGCAAUUCACAAAGUCGUGGAAGCUGGAGGCCCACCUUUGCAAACACACGGGAUUGAAACCCUUCUCCUGCGAGAGCUGCGACAAGGGCUUCUGCACGCGCUACCAGCUCACCAGGCAUGAGCUCCAUCACAGCGGGGAGAAACGUCACAAGUGCCACGUUGAAGGAUGCUCUGAGGCCUUUGCUCGACACGCCAGCUUGAAAAAACACAUCGCCGGAGUCCACCAACACAAGGCCAGGCGAUACAAAUGUAAUCAUCCAGGCUGCAAAGAAGACUUCAGCAAGAAGUUCCAGCUGAAGGCCCACAUGGGGGAACACAAAGGCCUUUUGCUGUUUAAUUGUAAUGUUGACAGCUGUGCAAGAGAGUUCCCUUCCCUUGGCAAGCUAAGGCACCAUGAGAAUAUGCACAAAGGUUACCCCUGUGAGGAAAAGCUGUGCCCUUUCCUGGGAAAAACCUGGUCUGAGUACCAGAAGCACAGGACCCAGCACAGAGUCAAGUUGCCAUGCCAAACGUGCCAGAAGCGGUUCAACAACGCCUGGUUCCUGCGCCAGCACGAGCUGCAUCGCCACACUGAGAAGAGGAGCUUCCCGUGUUCUAAAAAAGGCUGCACCAAGACGUUCACCAGACGUUUCAACCUGGACAGCCACAUCCUGGGCGACCACGAGGGCAAGAAGCCCUUCAGCUGCGCCUACGCCGGCUGCGGGAAGAGCUUCGCCAUGAAGGAAAGUCUUUGGCGACAUGGCGUGGUCCAUGAUCCACUCAAGAAGAAGCUGAAGAAGCUCCAUCCCAGGAAGACUUCGCCGUGGAGCGCCGCACAGGCCAGACUGCACACUGCAGAGACCAACAAGCUAGCGGCCAAACUCUCAAAAACUACUUUAGUUGACCCGAAAUCCUGAGGCUGUGAUUUAUGUAAAAGUUAGCAUUGGCUAAACCUAUUUUCUGUUGGGUCAUAUUUUUGUUCAAAUAAAAGCCUCACCAGUACUGCAAUACUGUAGCGAUGUGGCUGCAUACGCUUGGAUCUUAUUUGCAGGAAAUAUUUAUUAAACAAAGGACACACAUUCACACA